AUGGCUGAUGUAGUAGACCUUGUGCUCUCAGAUGAGGACGACGGCGGCGGAACUACUUCAGGAGGAAUCGAGAAAACGGCACAGGUCGAAGAGGUUGAUGUGAGCAGCGAGCUCGUCGUAGUCAAGUCGCCAACGGCAGCGGCAUCAUCAAGACCAGUAGCCCGGGCUCAGACCGGGCGUGCUGCCAGGAGGAAGAGCGGCGGUGCUGCUGCCAGCCCUGGUGUUGGUUCUGGUGGCAGAGGACACGCGUCGAGGAGCUCGCCCAACAAGCGCAACAACAGCAAGUCGGCGGUAGCAGCGGCAGCGGCAGCAGCGGCGCAAAACGCGGUCCUCAUCGACGACGACGGGGACGUUACCGCACAGAACGCCUGCUCGUCGUGCUCCAAGGAGGUGCGGAACCCCUUUCCGCUGGAGCGGUGCGGGCACACCCUCUGUCCUGGCUGCCUCCUCACCAGAGCCUCCGCCUCGGAGUGCCCCGUCGACGGCUGCGGCAAGCCCGUCUCCGUGCGGGACCUGGCCCUUAUCCUCGACGAGAACGCGUGGGUCGACCUCCAGGUCAAGAGAGUCGCCGCCUUCCGGGCGCGCGCUCGGAAGGGCGCGCGGUGUCCCAAGUGCCAGUCGUGGGUGGAGGGGGGCUCGACCUCCGCGCCUUCACAACGCAAGCAGGGCGGCGACGUUGUGGAGGUCGGCAAGGUAGGAGGCACGGCGAAGGACCGGGUCAAGGUGCUGCUCUCCGGCCAGCCCCUCGUCUGUAACCAGGGGCACCUGCUCUGCCGGUUCUGCGCCGCGGAGCUCAGCAAGAAGUCGCCCCGCUGCGUCGCCUGCGGCGACGCCAAGCUCCUUCCCGUCAGCGGGCUCCUCUCCCUGCUCGAAGAGCUCGUCGCGAAUCCAGCCUCCGUCGAGCUCUGUGGUCCCGUAGGCCCCCUGCCCAAGACCUUCGCAACCGGCGCCGCCGCCGCCGCCGGCCGCGGCAGGGGCGGGAGAGGGAGAGGAGGCCGAGGCGGGUACGUCUACCCGGGCGGCCGUGGCGGUGGUGGCGGUCGAGGCAUGGGCGCCGGGAGAGGGGCCGGGUGGGCGGCGCUCAUGGCCGGUUUCGGGGAGCUCGGCGGUUUCGGGCAAGGGUACGGGUACAACGGCGGCGGAGGCGGCGGCGGCGGCGGGGGGGCUCCCAAGAUCAGCUCCAAGUGGUCCAAGGGGACAGGGUACGGGGGCAGCGGGGACGCCGCGGCGGCCGCGUCGACGCAGGCGGUGGCGGCUGAGGCGGAAGGGCGCGCCGACAAGGCGAUGGUGGUGAUCUUCGAUGCCCUGACGGGUUGCCUGCCGGCGACGGGGGACUCCCCCGAGCACCUGCCCGAGCUGCUGGCGCUCGUGCGGGAGUCCUCGCUGCUGCAGACCGUGUGCGCGUACCUCCGCAACGACAGCCUCAUGGACAUCGCCAAGCGCCGCAAGCUUUAUCAGAGCCUGUUCAAGCUGGUCCUCGGCUUCGCACAGCACGAGCUCCUGGCGCCGCUUAUCGACCACGUGCCUCCGAAGAGCGGCGGCGCAAAGACGGAGCUGGAGGCUAGCGCCACCAGCAGCGGCAGCGGCGACGCAGAUAGCAGCAGCGGCAAGGGGAAGGGCAAAGGCAGGGCCUCUAGCGACGAGGACUUGGCCGUGGCGGGCGCAGACGGCGAGGGGGAUGCCGAGGAAGAAGACGAAGACGUGUCUGUGGCCGAGCUCUUGGCGAGCGCGAACCGACAGGCAAAGGUCUUCGCGCAGGCCCCCGGGGCGGGAGACGGCAAGGGCGGGGACGCCGGGACCCUGGCGUUCGCGUUGCAGGUGACGGAGGUGUACGACAAGGUGAAGGCGAGCUUGACGUACUUGAGAGGGAUCGCUGAGGCCCGUGCGUCCUCGCCGGCCGUCUUAGCCCUGGCGUCCGCGAUGGGCGCUGGGGGGGGAGUGGCCGGGGCAGGGUUGGGAAGGAAGCGCAAGCGCGAGGCCGCGGACAUCGUGGAGGUGUCGCUGGAGUCUCGGUACCUCUCCGAGCUGGGGGACAGCCGCUUCGAGCUCAUGGCUCUGCUGGGCCCCGGGCACUCGCACCACUUCUCCGGCCAGGCCUCCAGCCAGACGGGCGGCGCCGGCGGCAGGGUGCGGGCCGUCCGCAUCAGCCAGGAGGUAUCCACCCUGGCGACGUCCCUUCCCGUGCAGCCGGACUCGAGCAUCUUCCUGAGGGUGGACGAGGACCGUUUCGACGUCAUGCGCGCGAUGAUCACGGGGCCUAAGGGCACCCCAUACGAGUGCGGCUGCUUCGAGUUCGACAUCCUGCUGCCCCCGGACUACCCCAACAGCCCACCUAAGGUGCACUUCCUGACCACCGGGAGCGGGAGGGUGCGGUUCAACCCCAACCUUUACCAGACGGGCAAGGUGUGCCUCUCUCUUCUGGGGACGUGGGCGGGGCCGGGCUGGAACCCCAAGACGAGCACGCUGCUGCAGGUGCUCAUCUCCAUCCAGAGUCUCAUCUUUGUGGCGGAACCGUACUUCAACGAGCCUGGCUUCGAGGGGCAGCUCGGCACUCCUCAGGGGAGAGUGGCGAGCUCGAGCUACAACACCAGGAUCCGCAACGGCACGCUGCUUUUGGGGGUCUUGGAGGCGCUAGAGGAGAAGCGUCCUGGCGCUCUGUCCGAUGUAAAGCGUACUCAUUUCCGGCUCAUGAAGGGGGGGGGGCGGGGGGGGGCCUUCCAAACGUACCCCCGGGGGGGGGGGGAGGGGGCGGGCUUCGGCGAAAAAACUCCUCCCCGGGAAAAGGUGUUUCGAACCACCAAAAAACCCUCUCCGCCUUUGGAAGGGGGCGGGUCCCCCCCGGAACCGUGUGGCUUCCCCCCGCGGGAGGAAGGGGGGGGGAAAAAAAAAGGCUCUCACAUCGCCAAGCGCGAAGGGCCGUGAGGUAUUCGGCGAGUCGCAUGGAAGGUGCGCUUCAUCCUGGUACGGAUGUUCUGCAUCUUGUGCUUACUUCCUUGGCAUACGGAUGACUGCUCGGGAGGGGGCAGGGCUGGAGUUGGAGACGACCGAGAGACGCGAUGUUGGUGGUUGCGUAAGUUUGACCGAUUAUCUCGUUUGUGUGCGAGGUUGGGGAGGUACGCGUGACAGCACCGGCGGAGGUGUAGACGAAGAAGAGGAUUGGAUUUUUUAAGACGGGCAGAGAGGAGAGAGUUGCUGGUGGAGUACUGCUGCUUAUGCUACAAACCUACUUUCCAGUUUUCCAGUCAGAUUCAAAGGUUUCUUUUCACACGUCUCUUUUUAGCUUACCGUACUGCUGACGAAACGACGAUCGACCGGAACGCCACGUGAGGCCAAAAGCGCCUUCUUUUUUUUGCCGGCAGCAGGCGGCGGCGGUGUACUUGUACAUGAGAUUUUUGCUCCAAAGUAGAUAGUAUAUUGUCAUCGUCUCACACACGAUAGACAUGCGCGUUGGAUGCAAGAAUCAGAGAGAGCAGGAGGAAGGGUUAUCUACGUGUGGCCGUGAAGAGGGUCGUCAGUAAACUUGACUUUCUUAGUUUUUUCC